GCUGUCUCGUUUUUCACUUGAACUCUUCACGCGCUUCUGUCUCAACGGGUGUCUUCGUUUUGUCCGUUCUGCCCCAAAGCGCCUGCUUAGCUGACGGUGCUCAUCGCAGACGGGAAGAAGUUCGAGCUUGUCGACUUCAGAGGGUUUCAAUUCAGAGUAUGCAGCAUUCUACUUGAAAGUGUUUCUGCUUUUAGGCGCCACGGAUUCCUGCGUUUUCGUCUUUCUCUUUUUCUCGGGUGGCUUUUGCGACUUCUUCACCGCCGUGGCGCGUGCCGACUUUUCCGUCUCCGUUUUUCCAGGAGCUUUUUGCUGAAUGAACACAACGCCACAUGGCCGGUUAUUUCUUAGAGACGAACUGUACGACCAGCCUGUGUUUUAUGUAUGUCGUUUCAGCAGUCUUCUUCAGGCUAGACGCCAUCAGAUAUUCGUCGAAGUCUCCGUCAUUCAUUAGACUGCAUGCAGUCGACACGGGCGUUUCCCGCGUCGAUUUUCCGUGUUUUUGUUGAAAUUAGAAGGAAAAACCUUUUAAUUCGACGACCGUUUUUUCUCAUGUUCGAUUUUCCCUUGUCCACCGUAACAAAGAAAGCCAUCUCGUCGCUUUCCUCUGUAAACAGAAGACCAUGGCAGACUCCCCGGUGAGACGUUGACGCCGAGCGUCUCGUCUUUGCUCCUGUCUCAGGUUUCCGGUUUCUCCCCGGUCUUUUCUUUUUGACUGUAAAGACUCCAACAGUACGCACCCUUUCCGCUUCGAUCGUUGAGACGCAUGUUUUCGCUGUCCCCCGUAGACGGUGAACUCGGUGUUUUUUCUACGCAGGUUUCCGGACUCUCCGUUGGUUCUCGGCUUCUUCCCUUUGCCGACAGAGUCCAUCGCUGAACGCAGCGAUUAACGUCUUGGUACCACCGGUUCUUGGCAGUUCGGAAGCCGUUUCUUCAAAAGUUACACUCGAUAUCUUUCAGGAACUUGGAACUUACCGCUUCGUUUUUCCCUUCUGGGUCUGCUCCUACCUACUCACCGUCCGACAUUCCAGUAAAUGUUUUGCUUCAAUAAUCUGACGAUUCGAGCGUCUGUGAGUCUCGACGCACCCUGUUUUCUCCGUCACUGGGGGUCAGACUCUCGUUUCCCUUUAUUCCUUUUUCGUAAACCACACGCUUGAGAAAUGGAUGUCCUUGAACGCCUGAGCGUCAUCUCCCGCAUUACCACAGAGCUCCACAACCACUGGGGAGUGAACGACCGCGAUUUGGCCGAGUUCGUUGUGCAUCUGGGAGAAGAGGCUUCUUCGCUGGACGAGUUUCGCGAGCAACUUCAGGAGAAUGGAGCAGCGGUCUCCACGUCUCUCGCCGUCUCGCUCUACACGACGAUUCAGAAGCUGUCUCAGAAGAAGCGAGCAGCCUCGAAAAAAGAGGCAGGCGCGCGAGAUCUCUCGGGAAAGGGAGAAAAGAAGAGCGCAGCCUCCACCUCUGCUUCUUCCUCUUCUUUCUGUUCUUCUGCCUCCUCUGCUUCCGAGGCCUCCCGAGAGCCAGCGUUCCCUGAUCACCAUGAGUUGACAGAGAAGGAGAAAAAGUUCCCUGGCUUGUGCAUGCCGAACGAUUUCUCGCGACCGGAGCUUCAACUCGAGCGUCCCGACGAUCACGCGCCUCUCUCCGAACAUGCGCAGCGGCUGCUGAAUGCUGAGAAGGACGAGAAAGAGCUGCAGAAGGAACAGAAGGAGGCGCUCAAGCGAGGCCGCGAGAACAAGUUCGCGCCCAUCCAGACAGGCGCCAACAGCAUCCCUUUGGGAGGAAAGAAACGCGACGGAGAGGCAGAGCGCGCUGGAGAGAAGAAGGCAGGUAGUGCCCCUGCACACUACUACGGCAGGAAAGGACCUAUGAUUCGCUAUGCGAUUUACGAAGGAGUUGUUGAAAAAGUUGUCGAAUUUGGCUGCUUUGUCCGCCUUGAAUUCGACGAAGGCACUCGACAGGGUCUCCUCCACGUCGCCGAUAUGAUCAAAACCGAUGGCCGCCCCAUCCAGCCGCAGGACGUUGUGCACCGGAACAUGGUGGUGAAAGUGAAGAUUCUUGGUAUUGCCGGCACGAAAAUUUCCCUGUCGAUGCGCGAAGUCGACCAGGAGACUGGCGAGGACUUGAAGCCUCGAGGCGAAUUCGCCAGAAAAGAAGAGGACACCGCUGGCGAGAAGAAGAAGAUUCGCAUCGACGACGAAGCCGAGGAGAGAGAAAAACAAGGCAUUGGGCGUCUGACCGGAAUUCGCAUUGAUUCGAAAGACAACAACGUUGAGUCCCUUUACUGUCGAAAGCGCAAACUUAUGAGCGACUUCGACAAAUGGGAGGCGCAGCAACUUCUGCACAGUGGUCUGUUGACGCGCGAAGAACAUCCGUUGUUUGAUGAGGAACUUGGGAUCCUUCCCUCAGCCGAAGUCGACGAAGACGUAGAAGUUGAGAUUCGCGAAGACGAGGCGCUCUUCCUUCGAGGCCAGACAACGCGCACGGGCAUGCAGUUGAGUCCGGUGAAGAUUGUGGCGAAUCCUGAUGGGUCGCUUGCGCGAGCCGCCGCCACUGCCACUGCGCUGGCGAAAGAAAGAAGAGAAAUACGCAAUGCUCAAGAAGCUGCAAUCCUCGAUUCGAUUCCUAAAGACAUGAGCAGACCUUGGGAAGACCCGGCUCCUGGACCUGGCGAACGUACCAUCGCUCAAGCCUUAAAGGGUCUAGGGCAGACAAGUUACGAAAUGCCAGAGUGGAAGAAGAUGUACAUUGGAAAGAGCGUCAGCUUUGGCCAGAAAAGCAACAAGAGCAUUGCCGAACAGAGACAAAGCCUCCCGAUCUAUCGCCUCAGAGAGCCUCUGUUGAAAGCUAUCAAAGAAAAUCAAGUUCUCAUUGUCAUUGGAGAAACAGGAAGUGGGAAAACGACGCAGAUGACGCAGUAUCUCGCGGAAGAAGGCCUCGUACCUCCCGGAACGAUGAUAGGAUGCACACAGCCGCGUCGAGUCGCUGCGAUCUCGGUUGCGAAGCGUGUGGCGGAAGAGUUCGGCUGUCGAGUUGGACAGGAAGUUGGAUACAACAUUCGUUUCGAGGACUGCACAAGUCCCGACACAAUCAUCAAAUACAUGACAGACGGCAUGCUCCUCAGAGAGGCUCUCGUCGACGCCUCGCUCAAACGCUACUGCGUCGUCAUGCUCGACGAAGCUCACGAAAGAACAAUCAGCACAGAUGUCCUCUUCGGCCUUCUCAAGGACUGUUGUCGGCGACGGCCGGACUUCAAGCUGAUUGUGACGUCUGCGACUUUGGAUGCGGAGAAAUUCUCGAAUUACUUUUUCAACUCCCAUAUUUUCACCAUUCCAGGGCGGACUUUCCCUGUGGAGAUCCUCUACACCAAAGAGCCUGAGGCGGACUACGUCGAGGCGUCGCUGAUUACGGUGUUGCAGAUUCACCUCUGCGAACCUCCGGGGGACAUUCUGCUUUUCCUCACAGGGCAGGAAGAAAUUGACACUGCAUGCCAGACUCUGCAUGAGCGCAUGCAGAAGCUCGAGAGCACGAAUCCCCCGCCUCUCAUCAUUCUUCCCGUCUACUCUGCCCUGCCGUCGGAAAUGCAAACGAUGAUCUUCGAUCCCGCGCCUCCUGGAUGCCGGAAGUGCGUCGUCGCGACGAACAUCGCUGAGGCUUCUCUGACCAUUGACGGAAUCUACUUCGUCAUCGAUCCAGGAUUUGCGAAAAUGAAAAUGUACAAUCCCAAGACAGGGAUGGACAGUCUUGUUGUCGCCCCUAUCAGCCAAGCGAAUGCUCGCCAGAGAGCAGGCCGAGCUGGACGCACAGGGCCGGGGAAGUGCUACCGUCUGUACACCGAACAGGCGUACCGGUGCGAGAUGUUGCCUGUGGCAGUCCCUGAGAUUCAGCGAACGAAUCUGGAAAAUACGGUGCUGCUUCUGAAAGCCAUGGGUGUCAACGACAUGCUAAACUUCGACUUCAUGGACCCUCCACCUGUUCAGACCUUGAUCAACGCGCUGGAGAGUUUGUACGAGCUGGGCGCUUUGGACGACGAAGGCUUGCUGACGCGCCUGGGCCGGAAAAUGGCCGAGUUCCCCAUGGAGCCUCAACUGAGCAAGAUGCUCUUGGCAAGCGUCGAUCUCAAGUGCAGCGAUGAAAUUAUCACAAUCGUCUCCAUGCUGAGCGUGCAGAACGUCUUCUACAGACCCAAAGACAAGCAAGCAAUGUCGGAUCAGCGCAAGAGCUGUUUCCACCAGCCUGAGGGCGACCAUGUGACCUACUUGGAAAUCUAUCGAGGCUGGCAACGCAAUCGCUUCUCCAAUUCUUGGUGUUUUGAGAACUUCAUUCAGAGUCGCGCUAUGCGUCGAGCUCAGGAUGUCCGCAAGCAGCUCAUCACGAUUAUGGAUCGAUACAAGCUCGAUGUGAUCUCCGCCGGCAAAGACUACAAUAGGAUUCGACGCUGCAUCUGCGCCGGAUACUUCAGACACGCAUGCCGCCGGGAUCCUCAGGAAGGCUAUCGAACGCUUGUCGAUCACACACAAGUUUUCCUCCAUCCCUCCAGCGCGCUGUACAACCGUCACCCUGAGUGGCUGAUCUACCACGAACUCGUUCUCACAACGCGCGAAUAUCUCCGGGACUGCUGCACAAUCGAACCUCAGUGGCUUGUCGAAGUCGCCCCCAAACUGUUCAAAUUGGCGGACCAGCAGCGCCUGUCGAGGAGGAAAAUGCGCGAACGCAUCGAGCCACUGUACGACAGAUUCGCGGAGCCUAAUGCAUGGCGUCUGUCGAAGCGACGAGGCUGAAAAACAAGCCGAAGCGCGAGACGCAACGAAGAAGCCUGGGAGGGAGGCGAAGGCACCGCGACAGAUACGCAAGAGACGCGGGCAGGGGAAAGCCGAAAAACAAGAAGCAGAGACGCGCGGCGGCUCUUCAUGUUGUGCGCAUGCAUGCAUGCACUGUGCAUAUUCGGUGUUGUGCCGUCUUUGGGUCGUCCCCACAGAGGCUUUGAUGCCGCAUGGGCAUGCACCUUUCGGAAUUGGUUCGCGCAGGGAAAGUGCAGAGAGACGGUGUGUGUUGGAAAAACUGGACUCUGUCGAAGAGUCUUCUCAAUUGCCGAGAAAGACUUUCGGUUUCGCGCUCUGUUUCUGUUGAUAGAGAAAGUAGCACUUCCACUCUUUCGCAGUAGACAGAGAGAGCGAACGAGAGGAAAUGUAAAAGCGACCGUUUUUGGCGGCUUCGAGGUCGCUGUGGCUCCAAGAACGGAGAAACCGGCCAGGGACGGUUUUCUUCCGAUUCUUAGUCGAUGCUCUCAGACCUUCAAUUUGUACGAGGAGCUCUUUGUGCACUUGCUCUCGAGUUUCUUCUACCUCGACCAGAAGAGGAAGACUUCACGAUGAGGCGAGAGCGACUUCUUUCGCGUGCGCAUGUCUGUCUCCGUUCAUAUGGCUGCAUGUGAACUGUCGGUAGAAACGCGAGAGCGCCAUCUGAGUCUCGAGAAGACUCACAUAUGGAGAGGGCGUUGUGCAUGCGCUCCGAGAGGAAGAUGCGAAGGUAGCAGUUCCAGGAGAGGAAGAGGGAGCCCCGGCACCAACAGUUUGACACUUUGCGUUUUCGAAGACAAGAACGCUUGUCACCGGGCAUGCUGCGCCAUUGAAUGAACAAACAGUGGUCGCGACACCCGACGGGCGCAGUCCUGUCAGGCGCCGUCUCAACGGACCGCUCUAAGACCAUGCCAUCGCCAGGGCGACACAAAGAGACGAGAAAAAAUACAAAUGCCAAGAAGAUUCAUAAAAACCGCCGGCGUACCCAAUCUGUAACCCUUUAUACCACGCCUUCUCUGCAUUCGAAAUGACUUCCUCUCCACCCGACCGGUCGACUUCAAGACGUCUUUUCACAUACACACUCUCCUAGGACCACCACACUGCCCUUUGC